AUGUGCUUCUUCGAUCAGACACGCUGGGCUUGUGGGUAUUGGAGGUGGGGUCACUUUCGAGAGCAGUGUAACAAGGAAUACCGGACGGGAGAGACAUGUGGUCUCAAAUUCGUCUACAAUACGAUCCGGGACGACGAGGUCUGCAAGCUAUGCAAGGAUAUCGAGAAGAAGCAACGCAAAUACAACAAGUUGAGCAGCGAUAUCAUGCGAUGGUCGAGAGAAACGAACCGCAGUGCCUCGAUAGAGAAGGCCGAGAGGGACAUUAUGGAAGUCUGCCAGGCCAUCAACAACAUGACGGAGCAACACCAGACACGAGCAUGGGCUACGGUAUAG